AUGUCAGCUGCAAAAGAGAAUCAAGUUUCUGAAUCCGAACAAGAGGAUCGUAAAAAUAUUAAAUCUUUAGAAGAAGAUGAUGAGUUUGAGGAUUUUCCAGAAGACGUAACGCAAUGGUCAAACGAUAGCAAAAUAAAGGAAGAAAUUUUAUGGGAACAGGACUGGGAUGAUGAUGAUAAUCAAGAUCAGUUUUCACAAAAGUUAAAGGAAGAGUUACUCAGGUCUCAAAAACCUGCCCAAUCUAAAUGA